GAGGCUGAGGGGAAAGAGAAAAGUUUAGAAAAAACAGUAAAGUGCAGUGGCAGACGAAUAGUAGAAGAAGACUGCUGCAGACUGGCAGGAAGACAAAGAGACAGAUAGACUGCAAAAGUCAGAGGAAACGAGAGAAGAAAGAAGAGAGAGGGAGUGUGCAGAAGACAGAGGUUGUGAGAGAAAGAGAGAACCCAUAGAGGAGGCAGGCUGGUGGAUAGGCAAAGGAUAAAGGCCAAGGGGACAGACAGCAUUCUGUGAGAACAACCCUACAGAGAUUGUAGAUCAGAGAGAGUGUAGAUCAGAGAUAACUCUGUCACAGUAUGGUGGAGCCAUGCGAGGAUGCUGGGGACAGUGUAGUCCAAGAUUCCAACCUUCCUGAGACUUCUGACCUGGGCUCUUACCAAUGGAAUACAGCCCAUGGGCAAAAGGGAGGUGUGUGGGGGCGACUCCAGGGAUGGAGGCACACUUUGAUGCUACAGGCCAAGGAAACUCAGGGGUCGAAAAAGAAACACCGGUCUUUGUUCAGGAAGAAGUCUCCCAGUGAGCCACCAUCCAGGGGAUUGACAAAAUACCUGCACUCUGUGUCCCAGCGUCUGGGAAGAAAAAAAGACAUCAGGCCAUCACUGGAUGGGAUAGAGGGGCCUGUACCACUGCCGGUUCCUGUCUCAGCACCUGAAAUUCCUGUGUGGGAUAUAUCAAACUUUUCUCUCAUAGAUGGGUGCCUUCUACUCACCAAAGGAGAUGAACAGGGAGCAUGCCACAUCCGAAGCCGUACAGGAAGCUGUGUAUCCAAAUCCCUAACGGAGCAAACAGACCAAACAGAUGGAGUUGUAGAUCCCCCUGUCCCUGAAGGAAACGUGGAUCCUGAUACCAAGAACCAAUUUAAUAAUGUUAAGGGACUAAUCCAGAAGAGGAAAAAAAAGAAGACUAGAAAGAAGGGCAGUGCAUCAUCGCUGCAGCAGGAGGAGAGGAGCCUUCAUGGAUCCCGGGAGUCACUGGGUGGUGUGGAAAUUCUUGAUCUUGUUAAUGAAAAGGAUGUGACAAUCAAAGCGCUGCACAGCAGUAUCCUGGGCGAGAGAUAUUGCUUUGAGAUAAUUACUGCAGAAAGCAGCCGUUGCUUUGCAUGCUCCUCCCUUCAGGAACGAGAUCGAUGGAUUGAAAAUCUGCGAAGAAUCGUUCAGCCGGACAAGGAUAAUUUUGAACGUCAGGAGUCCUCCCUCAGCUUGUGGAUUCAUGAAGCCAAGGGACUCCCAGUUUCAGGACCUGGAUCUCGUUCUUGCUAUUUCUGUGAGGUCCAGUUGGAUGGUUGCUUGUAUGGGAGGACUUCAAGCAAGGCCCCGGAAGCUGGGGUGGUCUUCUGGGGAGAAAGCUUUAAUCUGCGAGACCUAUCUUCUGUCCAGGGACACAUGGCGCUACACUUGCUUCAGGAGGGGAAAGAGACCACUGGUGUUGGGACAGUUACUUUAGCUUUGGAAGGGAUGAAAGAUGGUGCAGAGAAGUGGGUGCCUCUUGGUGGAGAGAUGGCAUUAAGAGUACGGGGCCGAUACAGAAAACUUUCUGUCCUUCCAGUGAUGCAGUACAAAGAGUUUGCAGAGUACCUCACUUGGAGAUAUAUGGAGCUGAGCAGGGCAAUGGAACCGAUUCUGAGUGCCCGAGAGAAAGAGGAACUGGGAAGGUCACUGGUCUAUGUCCUACAGAGCACUGGAAAGGCCAAGGAAUUCCUGGUGGACCUUGGAGUAGCAGAGAUAUCUCGGCACGAUGGACAGGAUUCAUUAAUAUUUCGGGAGAACACUAUAGUCACCAAGGCCAUCGAGGAGUAUAUGAAGAUGGUUGGACAGACAUAUCUACAGGAAACACUUGGUCCAUUUGUCAAUCGUAUCUAUACCUCGGAGGACAGUCAUGAAGUUGACCCCUUGCGCUGUUCCCCAGAAGACCUAGGAGAGAACAGAGGGCAGUUGUGGAGAAGCUGUGAAGAUGCUGUACAGAGCAUACUGCAGUCACAAGAAUCCUUCCCUCCUGAUCUCUUAGAAAUCUUCUCAUCCUGGCAAGUGGAAGUGGCCCUGAGGGGACGACCAGCUCUAGGUUCCCGACUUGUCAGUGCCUCCUUAUUCUUGCGCUUUCUAUGCCCAGCCAUUCUCUCUCCGGGAUUAUUUAAUCUUUCAGCCGAACACCCUCAGCCGCUUGCAGCCCGCGCCUUGACUCUGGUUGCCAAGGUUUUACAGAACCUCGCCAACUUUACCAGGUUUGGGGAGAAGGAGGAAUACAUGGGAUUUAUGAAUGGAUUCCUAGAACAGUAUGGGGAUGGCAUGUCCGUGUUCCUGCAAGCUGUGGCUGAUCCAGAAAGUGAGGUUUCCCCAACACGAUACGAGAGCAGCGCUGACUUGGCUUAUGAACUUGCUGUGCUUCACUCCAUGCUGAGUGGGAUCUUCACUGGUGUCCAUCAGCAAACCAAAGACCAACUGGAACCACUACCCACAAUCCUCAAGGCUCUCACUGAAGGCCAGCCUGUUCCAGCAAGCAUUACUGAACAUACUGAUUAUGAUAACAGGGAUGAGGAAAACGAUGAUCCUGUGUUUGUGACCCCAAGAGACCUAUCCAAGCUACGCCCAUUAGUAAAUAGGAGCCAGUCAAUGAGCAGCCUUCUGAGGGAACGCCUGCCUCCACCCACGAGGAGUGAAUUCCUAGAGAAGAAGAGCAGGCGUCAUGUCACCCGCACACAAAGUGUCCCAGCUCAGGGCAGAGCAGGUCGAGAGCGCAGACGAGUAACUGAAGAGAAAGGGACAGAAGAUAAUACCUUAUUAAAGAUUCAGAAGCUGCCGCGGGUGAGACCCCCAUCCACACUUCCACGACGAAAGUCCACUGUGCCGUGGUGCAGGAACGAGAACAUCCCUCACCUUGGGCAAGGGGCAGAAGAAGCCGUGAACCAGGAAAAGCAACUGCAAGAAAUGAGAGGGCAAAUAUUAGAGAACCAGGGGAAGCAGAAAGACCUGGAAGGGCAAAUAGGCAUCCUUUCGGGCCAGAUACAGGAGAUGUUGGGGCAGCUGGCAAAGGUGGAAGAGACCCAGAGGACUUUCCAAGAGGAGAUGGCUGGACAGGUUUCCCUAAUUUUAAACAGGAUUAAGGCAUUAGAAGAGAAGAAACUACCGAAGGAAAAUUCAGUGGCAGAGAACCCAGCAGAAAACAUUGAGGACAACCACCUACUGGCUCAGAUAAAUGAAGAACAGAAAGAUUCAGAAGACCCCAGCAAUAUCUGCAAUGGAGAAAAUGAUCCGGAAAUCACAUCAACCUCAUCAGAAAGUUCUCUCCCAACAAACAACCCUGAAGACAUGGAGGACAUGGAGACAUCUUAAAGAGCCCCCUGCCAACAAAGCAACUCCCUAAUUGUUGUCUUAGGUUAACCUGGGUCAGCGAAUGCUUUUUAAAGGAAAUUUUGUCUAUUAUUAAAAAAAAAAAAAAAUACAAUUAACUCUAGUGAAUGCUUAAUAAAAGGAGUGUCCUUCCUCAACCUUUCCUACUGCAAACAACCUAGUCCUGCUGUUUGCAAUUGGAUGACUCAUCCUAGAAUCAACCAAUUAGACCUUGUGCAAUCUGUUGGUGACUUACAGCAUGAGCGUGUUGGCCACAGCAGCAGCCACAAUACAAUACAUUUAUAUAAACAGCUGUAGUAAACAAACAGA